CGAGAGCUAUGUGCAAGGUCCGAGAUGGGACAGUGGCGAAGUCGAUUGGGCCUUCUGUUUCUCAACGGAGCUUAUUGAUUGGUAGAGGAAGUGUCAAUUUCCCCUUAAUUCCUUCCCCAUGCUUGCGGUUCCUUGGAGGUUGAUCAUGUCUCUCAGAGCAUGUGGCUUUAUCAUUUUCCGAAGACCUUGUGUUCCCAAGGUGGACAACAGCGCUAUUGAGUUUCUCCUGUUACAGACAUCAUAUGGAACAAAUCACUGGACUCCUCCUAAAGGUCAUGUGGACCCAGGAGAGAGUGACUUAGAGACGGCUUUUAGGGAGACCAAGGAGGAAGCCGGCCUGGAUGCCAACCAGCUGAAGAUCAUCGAGGGAUUCAAGAGUGAGCUGAACUAUGUCGCCAACAGCAAGCCGAAAACGGUUAUCUACUGGCUGGCUGAGGUGAAGGACUACAACGUGGCCAUUCGGCUGUGCGAGGAACACCAGGCGUACCGCUGGCUGAACCUAGAGGAGGCCUGCAAGCUGGCCCAGUUUAAGGAUAUGGCAGCCACCCUCAGAGAAGGGCACGAAUUCCUCUGCUCCAAAACACCUUGACUCCAGGGAAGGAAAGGUCUUUGGAGAUACCCAAGAUUCAGCCUACUGAGGUUUUCAGGUGUCUUUUCUGAGACCAGCCCCCUCCCUGCAGUACAGGGCAACCAAGGCAACUAUUGAAAUCAAGUCAAAGCUUUUAGAUCAGAGCAGACAUCAUGGUGUUGAAAUGAGAGAGCAGUAUGGAAAUAUAUAAAGCCAAAUCUCUGUGCUCAUAUAUCUGAGGAAUAAACUAUCAGAAGCUUAAUUGUCA